CACUGUACCAGUCCCAGACAAUCUGACUAACCACAGACGAAGAGCUGCGCAGGUCACUAGCAUUUCCACAGAUGCUAGAUCGGAGGGAUAAUAUCGAGCCAUGUCACACGAACACCUGCCAAUGGAUAUUAGAGCUGGACGAGUAUCAGUCCUGGAGGAGUCAGUCCUGUGGUCUACUCUGGAUUAAAGGAAAGCCGGGUGCGGGAAAAUCGACCUUGAUGGCCUUCCUACAUGACAAACUCAAAAAUUCACAGGAUGACAUACAUGGCAGUAUUCGACUGGAUUUUUUCUUUACUGCCCGAGGCACAGAGAUGCAACGUACACCGCUUGGAAUGUUUAGGUCGUUAUUGAACCAGAUUUUCGACCGCGACGCGACCAUACGUCCUCAAGUGCGCGAGAUCUAUGAACAACGAUGUAGACAGUUUGGAUACGGAGAACGCAAGUGGGAGUGGCCGCAAACGAUACUUGAAGAGUUAUUGGCGACUUCUAUCCUGGCAUCAGCCAACGAGCAGCCUGUGAUUAUCUUUGUGGAUGCUCUAGAUGAGGCUGGGGCUGAGUCCGCCCGAGAACUUGCCGCAUAUUUCCACCGUCUGGUCGAUCGUGCUGACAAAAAGAAGCUAACACUCCAAGUCUGUAUUUCAUGUCGACACUACCCUAUCUUGGAAAGUCCUCGGGCAAGAGGGAUACAUGUCGAAGACCACAAUCAAGAUGACAUUGCUACAUAUAUCAAGGAUAUGCUUCUUGAGACAGAGUUCGGAGAUGUUCCUAGUCAAGAGAAGAGAGAGGUGUUGGUGGAGGAAUUAACCCAGCAUGCUAAGGGUGUGUUCCAAUGGGCCCAUCUUAUCAUACCCCUUGUCAAGCAAAGAUUUAGUGAAGGGGAGUCAAUUAGCGAUAUUCGCGAUUGGCUGGGUUAUGUUCCAGCUGACCUAGAAAACGUCUAUGUGUAUAUUCUGAGCAACGUGAUCACGGCUAGGAAUCGAGACCAAUCAUUCCUAUUCUUUCAAUGGGUAUGCCUGGCCGAACGACCCUUGACUGUACUUGAAAUGCGAUACGCAUUGGCGGCUAGGAAUGCCCAAACAACGUCGUCUCGAAUCGAAUGGGAAAGGCUCCCUGGCUUUGUCGAAAGCAAUGAACGAAUGAAGCUAAGAGUCAAGGCUCUUGCUGGUGGACUGGCUGAAGUAGUCACAAGUGGGAAUGACGAGGAAACCGUACAGGUUGUUCACCAGUCUGUCAAUGAUUUCUUGCGGGAAAAAGGACUUGCCCUCUUAUGCCGUGGCAUCGGCGCUAGUAUGGGGUCCGUGGAUAUGGGCAGUAUUCUCUCUCAGUCCCAGGCAACUCUCUACCGAUCGUGUCUGGUAUAUCUUGCCACGAUCUGUUCAUACACACAAAUCAGUAAUUUUCGGGGCUCAAAGGAGAAGCUUAUUUGUGAUUACCCAUUUGUGAACUAUGCGACCAUCAAUCUCUUUAUUCAUGCAGAAAAAGCUGCCAACUCUCGAGGUGCCUUGCUGCAGAAUGAAAAGGACAUCCUACAACGAAUGGUCAGCUAUUGGGUUCAAAUCUAUCGAUGUCUUGAUCCUUAUCACACAGCAUGUCCACCCAUAGGCACAACAAUUUUACAUAUGGCUGCCGCUGCCAAUCUGGUUGACGUGGUAAUAUCUGCUUUGUCGGAUGAGGAAGAUAUAGAGAGGAAAAACAAAGUUGGAAAUACAGCGUUACACUUCGCUGCACGAGCAGGGCACACGGCGACCGGCAAAAUACUGCAGGAAAGAGGAGCAAACCGAGAAGGGAAAAACAACGAUGGAGCGACUCCAUUAAUGGAGGCAGCUAGAUGUGGACAUUUGGGGUUUGUGGGAUGGCUUUUAGGUGAGGGCGUGAAAAUUGAGACAGGAGGUAGGAGCGCGCUUCAAAAGGCUGCAUUGGAAGGUCACAGUGCAAUUGUAGUGAUAUUACUCGGGGCUGGAGCGCAUAUCAACGCCCAGGGUGAUCAAUACGGCAAUGCCCUACAAGCUGCUGCGUGGAGAGGAAGUGCUGAGACGGUCAGGAUCCUGCUCGACGCCCAGGCCAAUGUCAAUGCUCAGAGUGGUGAAUACGGCAAUGCCCUACAAGCUGCUGCGUGAAGAGGAAGUGCUGAGACAGUCAGGAUCCUGCUCGACACCCAGACCGAUAUCAACGCCCAGGGUGGUCAAUUCGGCAAUGCCCUACAGACUGCUGCUACUGCAUAUGAAGAAAAUGCUAAAACGGUCAAGAUCCUGCUCAACGCCCAGACUAAUGUCAACGCUCAAGGUGGUCAAUUCGGUAAUGCCCUAUAGGCUAC